AUGCAGUCAAAUCACGGCAAUGAAAGGCGGAGUGACCGCAGUGUAAGCGCGGUUAGACGAAAAUUGUAUUUUCCUCGACCACAGCUUUAUACUUCUGCACUUAUUUGUUGUGCAUUUCAGGUAAUGUUUAUAUCAUUCUUGUUCGGUUACAAUGGUGUUAAUACUGGCGAUGUUUUAUUCCCCGUCGUAUCGUGGAUAUCAGAACAGUCUCGAAAGCUCCCAUUGGUUGAAAGUACCAUUGACUUAUUUCGGGGACUGCUAGAUAGUCUGCUUUCUUUGAUUAGCGAUGGAAAUCCAGAAACUUCAACCAAAGGAAGUCGUGCAAAACAAAAAGUAGAUACAAGUAGUGCUGUGUUUAUGGAAAAAGUUGAUGCUAGCUUACCUGUUUUAACAAGGGAACAGUUAUCUUUUUUUGAUGGAACGCGUCCGUCCAAAGGAACAUAUCUUGCUAUAUUAGGUCGCAUAUACGAUGUACAAAAAGGCGCGAAGCAUUAUGGUCCCGGCGGUUCAUAUCAUUUCUUUGCUGGUCGGGAUGCGACGCGUGCAUUUGUCAGUGGCGAUUUUUCUGAAAAAGGCUUAGUGGAUGAUAUACAAGGUCUUAAUGAUCAGGAUCUAUUGGGCAUUUUUGAUUGGGUCAAAUUUUAUGAAAAAGACUAUGAUCUGGCCGGAUAUCUCCAGGGAACAUAUUAUGAUGCUUCUGGCAACCCAACUGCACGCUUAAAAGAAGUGGUCAAGCUGAUAGAAAAUGCACUUCACUGGAAAGAUAUGCAAGUGCAAGAAGCAAAAAUUUUUCCGCCUUGUAAUUCUGAGUGGCAAAAAGAUAUUGGUGGCCGAGUGUGGUGUUCUAAGAGAAGUGGUGGCAUCGAAAGAGAUUGGGUUGGAGUGCCAAGAAAACUGUUUGAUGCGGGAUCGAAAUCUUAUCGGUGUGCAUGCGUAAAAAACUUUGGUGCUCCUCUUUCGAGGUUUCCUGGGAUGAAUAAGGAUAGUGGACAUGGAGAUUUAAGAAACCCAAAUCUGGGGGAAUACGAAGGUUGCAAACCGACAUCGACUACUUGUCGUAAUGAUAAUUCUUAG